GUAAAAGUGCUGAAUGCACUGUGUCCUUACAGUCUCCCACAGGGAUCCCUCCAGCUCUUCCUCCCCAGCUCAUUGUCUGCCCAGUGCACUGAGCACCUGCCACUCUGUCUCCUGCUCCACACAGGGAAGGAUGGUUGUGUCUCUCUGAGAGGACCGUACUUGGCUUCCUCUGGCCUCUCCUGUGGUCCUCCCUAUAGAACUAUCUGGGUGCAGUGGUAUGGGUCCUGUCCAGUGUUUAUCUUCUGCCUUCUUCACCCCAAGCUGAGCCAGGAGCUAUUGGAGGCAAAGGAGCAGGAAGGCCCAGAAGACUCCCUGGAUGAAAUUUACUCGACUCCUUCUGUUCAGCGUCACCUGUCUGACUGCCACCAGCCUUAUAGCAGUGCCUCAUCCUCACUGGAGAAUCAGCUCACGUGCCCUGCUCUGAAUGUAGCCUGUGUAGCCUGGAUCUCCAUCUCAGGGGCCAUGGACAGUUGUGGGUUCUGCAUAUCUGCUGGGGUGCUUCCAACCAGCGGAGAGCCUCAGCCCCACUCAAGUGUUCUCAACCUGGAAGAGGGAGUGUGCAGAAGAAAAGAAAGAUAGAAAGUGGGGUCUGGAGGACUGCCAGGCAAUGCCGGAGCAGCAAAUGCCAAAACAGCAAGUUUAUUUUUGCACACCACAGGUUAUAUACCUUUCAGUGCUUGAGGAGUGACGUACAUGCCAUUGUAUCUUGAAAUAAAAUCAAGAACAUAAAUCACAAGAAAAGGGGUACAGAAAGUAUGACUCUUAAUCAUAGGGUGUACAGCAAAAGGACAAUAAAGUUUGCAAAAGGGGGUCAUAAAUCUAAACAUAUGUUUAUCCAAAAUCAGUCAAACAAGCAAGAUCAUUAAAAAGGUACAGCUGGACCUUUCCAAAUGUCAUUCUAACCUUGCCUAUUCAUAUAGGAUUAUAUGCAAAUGAUAUGAUUGAGUUAGCAGAGGUAAACAAAGUCAUACAGUUAUUGUGCAGAGAAGGAACUAGGAGGCACACAAUGUCUAACCACACAAUGUCUCGUUAGACCACGAAGCCUGAGCUAAGCCAUUCUGUUGCAAAUGUCAGAGGCAAACAUAAAUGAUUAAAGAAUCAGUGCAACCAGA